AUGGUUAUUCCAAAUGCUUAUAUUAUCAACAUUGGUGAUAUUGUUCAGGUUUGGAGCAGUGAUGCAUAUGAGAGUGUGGAACACAGAGUGGUGGUCAACUCUGAGAAAGAAAGGUUUUCCAUUCCAUUCUUCUUCCCUGCACACGAAACUGAGGUCAACCCUCUGGAGGAGUUGAUAAAUGAGCAGAACCCUUCAAAAUAUAGGCCAUACAAAUGGGACAAGUUUCUCAUCCAUAGAAAGAAUACCGAUUUCAAGAAACAAAAUGUGGAGAAUCUUCAAAUUUAUCAUUAUAAGCUUGCUUAA